AUGUUGGUGAAGAAACAAGUUGAACAGUUGAAAAGGUUGACACUUUGUGUUUCAGGUCAGGUCAUCAAUAUGAGGGCUGCUUUCGGCCUGGCGCUCGUGGCGGUUUUCACGCUACAACUGGUGCACGGGAAAAUGGCAAACGGCAGGAGAUGCAAGGUAAAUUUCCAGUCAGCUCAAAUAACUCGGUUUCGAAACGAAAACAGUCUGCCGGCUGAGCUGAGUUACAGCAUGGAGGUUGAAGGUCAGGGAAAGUUUGACCUUGACCUUGUCCUUGACCCAAGAAUGGAUCUACCAACCGCCACAGAGGAUAAUGGUAGAGGGAGGUUCAGGAAACAGAAACGCAACGUGAAAAUCGGAUUUUACACCGACAAGAACGGGAGAGGUUCUUUUGCAUGUGAAAUGAAACAAAAUAAAGCAGGCAUGUCAUGUGAUUUGAGCGCCCUGGUGACCUUCCAUGACGAGGAUUGCUAUAUAGGGGGUGGAGCGGACUCUGCCCUCUGUUUUCCCCACGGGAACGGAACGCUCAAAUACUACGAAGUACCCGGGGAAGAUGGAGUACGUCAUGAGGGCGGAAGAGGCCACGUGUUCAACGCCCAGUUUAGCGCGAACCGGAAGUUGCGGUCCAUACUUCCGGAGGCCGGCUUCAAGGUGGUUAAGAUAGCAUUUAUCGUGGACGCCGCAUUCAUGCAACAGUUUUAUGACCGUAACCUUGGAGACAACAACGCGGCUCAGAACGAGGCAGAGAUGUACGUCACGCUGCUUGCUAACGAGAUGAACGUUUUCUACAGCUCCGUGAAGGAAGCAUCCGGCGGCAGCUUGGAUCUGUAUGUGUUCCCUUCCGACAUCGUAUACCCACAGGCUGGCACAAACUUUGCCUGGUCGGGUGACUACGUGACUGGCGAUGUCAUUGACACUGAGGGUAAUUUUAAUAAUGCGCUUUACGCCUACGUGAACAGUGGCUUCACUAGCGAGGAUUUUGACCACGCCAUGGCCAUCACUGGGUUUAACUUGGCCGGGGGAUUGCUAGGUUACGCAUACGUUUCCACUGUGUGCAGGGACACGGCCUAUCGUUACUCCAUCAACGAGUUCGCGUCAUACAACGUCGCCCCUGUCGCAGCCCACGAGCUAGGACAUGCACUUGGUUCGCAACACGACUCGACUGGUAACAACUGCCCCAGUUCCAGGAACGUUAUGUCGCCGUACUUGGGUACUCCUUCCGGCUCCUCAGUGGACAACUUCUACAAGUUCUCAACAUGUAGCGCCGGCUACUUCAUAGCCCACCUCGACCAAUAUCCAAGCUGCUCAGUAAACACUGGUGGGUUGACGGACGCGCAGUUUGAGAAGGCGUUCUGCAGCGGCCUCCUUGGACAGCGGGACUCUAGCCUUGACCUCCAGUGUAAGCGGCGCACCGGAAACCGCGACAGCACGGCCUGCAGCCAGUCUGUGAGCGGGGACUCGGGGUGUUAUAGAAGCGGGCAGGUGUCAUGCCGGACCAGCCCAGGAGGCUCGUGCUCUAACUCUUUGACAAGCUACGUCUGGAACGGCACGCCAUGCGGCUCAGAAAAGAUAUGCUACAAAGGCCGAUGCGUCUCCGAGUUCGACAUAUGUCCAACCGGAGAAACCCCUUCAACACCAACAACGCCAACGACAACAACAACGACGCCUGCACCGACGACGACAGCCCCAGCGCCCUGCUCAUGCUGUGGAAAACGAGGAAGGAAAAAGAAGAAGUGUUGCCGCAGGGGCCGCCGCAGGUACCGCGAAGACUGCUACUGCUGCAAUGGGCGCUCACCCCCUGCUUAA